UUAUUUUUUAUUUAUGACAGGGGAACUUACAGCCGCUACCUUUCAGGUGUGUCCAGCCUCGGACUGAUGCAAUAGCUUGCAAACCGUGCCAAUCAGACGUUCGAGAAAAUCGCAGUCGAGAAAUGAAGAAUUUCAAGAACAAGUUAUGUGGGGAGUUGCGAAUGAAAGAAAGGAGCCCAGUUUCAUAUCAAAACGCCAGCCAACAGCUGCCAGAAUAAUGAUCCCAACAGACAACAAAAGUUUUAACGUUGAUGAACCUAGAAUUGUUCAAAACUCAGCCCCUGUCAGCAUUCCUGACUGGUCCAAAAUUUAUGGGGAAAGCUCAAAGAAUGGCAAUGGUGAUGACUACGUAAGAAGUAGUUGGGAAAGUGAUGAAGAAGAUGAUGAUGGGAAUCUGAUACCACCACAUGAAUUUAGUGCUAGAAAGCUUGCAAGGAAACAAAUUUCUUCAUUCUCUGUGUGUGAAGGUGCUGGAAGAACCCUCAAAGGGAGGGACCUAAGCAGGGUAAGAAAUGCUGUUUUAUCCAAAACUGGUUUUCUUGAAUAAAUUUUAUGUUAUUACUCGACUUUGCAGUAGCGAAUAGUAUUAAGGAUGAUUGUAUUGUUUAGUCCCGUCCUCACAAAUGUGUCUUUGAUGGGAAUGCCAUGGUUUAAUGCAAUUCCAUGUAUAUUAUUCAUGAAAUUCCAUGUACUUUGUUUCAAUUUGAAUGUAAUUAAAUUUAAAUCAUAAUGAUUUUUCAGUUUUUCGGCGGCUGCUGCUGCUUCUUUCUUGGAAAUAUUGUA